UUGAAAGACGUUUUUAAUCCCUGACUCAGAUGUAGCUGUGCAUAUGUAGUUGCAUUAUUGUGUGACAGUUUUCAGUUUAGUGUGGAAGGAGAAUGGAAGAAUACUCUGUUUCUGGGGGCAGCUUUAGCUUGCUUAGUCUGUGCCUGGGGGACAGCCAGGAACAGAGCUUUGUUUUCAUGUCAGUCCUGUAGACUUCCAAAACUGAGUUAACCUGGAGGGAUUUAAAGCAGGUGGUGAAUUGGUGGAUUCACAGGAUUUGUGCUUUAAAUUGAAAAAAAAUUGCACAAGGAUUGACAGGUCAAGAAAAAUAAAUUCAGGCUUGGGUUCAGUUUUUGUGUUGAACAUCACCCCGAUGAGUGGGAAGUUGUUCAGUUGGUGCUGUUUGGUUACUGGUUAUGACACUUACAGUCUACUAAAGAAAAAGAAUGCAGCUUUUUUGUGGAAUACAUGCCUUGAUUGUUGAAUAUCCCAGUUCUGGGAGUUGUUCUACCUCUUGGCUGCCUUUCCUGUGAGGCCUGAAGCUGGUGUGGGAGGGGGAAUGUUGGAUGCAGCACUAUGGCUCACACAGGGGCAGCAGAAGGUGAAGCUUUCUUUCCUUGAUGGGUGACAGUCACAAGAAGCAGGACUGAAUGUAUGUACAUCUUUUGCUAGUAAAAGUGUUUCUGAUCUUACAGUUUUUAGCUAAACUGGUUUGGGUUUGGAUUUUUAUGCAUGGUUAUACUAGAAGUGCCAAACCAUGAGCUAGCCCUAAGUGUCAAUCCUAUAAAAUGAGGGAAUUUUGAAGAUAGGUGUUCUAUUUUAUUGCACCUGUACAAUUGGAUAGCUGUAUGCUGAUGUAUGUUGCAUCUAUGUACAUGUACACAUUGCAUUAUAGAUUCCAUACUGUUUCCCUUUCUAAGCAAAACUUCUGUUGCUACUGUUGGCUCCCUGUUUUCAAAUCUUCUCUUAUAUAUAUUCACCUUUUAUAUUAUGUUACACUAAACACUAAAAGAAUUUCCCAAAAUUACAGGUAUAAUGAUUAAACUUAAAGGCAUUAAGCUGACUAAUUAUGUGUGUCCUCACCUGUAGUGGAGAGAAAUCCAUCACAAAUUUCUAAAUAAAUGCUGUUUUUCUGUGUUUAAAAUGAAGCUGUGGAAAUUAGAUUGCUUAUGCCUUGAUGGUGAAUAUUUACCUAAAUUCUAGCUAAUUGUUCUAUUUAGAUAUUAGAGUACAAAAUGCCAAUAAAUGAAAACACUGCUUUCUGUUAUCAUUACUGUACUGUAGUAGUCUGCAACAGAAGGCAAACAGGAAGUGAACAAACCACAUUCCUGAUUACUUUUUCAGGUAAUCUGGAUGUGUUCAAUAGCAGUUUCAAAAUUUCUAGCCCUUAAUGCCAAGUUUUGUUGCCAUCAUAGCUGUGCUGUGGGUGGAAAAGCCCAACCAGAAAUGAGCAGAUCUAACUGUAAGCUACUUUGCAUGUUGUCAAUUGACUAUAAAUUGCAGCAGUCAUUGACUCAGUGGAACAAGCUACAUAAUUCAGGUAAGAGACUUGCAUAUUUGCUGUAUCUAGCCACAGAUCUUCACUGAAUAUCAAUGUUCUUGUAAAUCACUUAUACCAGCCAUUUACUAACAGUGUUUUCAUAGCUUUUUAAUGAAUUCUGUUUAAUGUAAUCUCUUAUUUAAUAAAGUGUAAGAAAAAUGGAACAUUAACAUCUUUUAUUUUAAAUAUCAUUCAGGUAUUUUCAGGUAUUCAUCACUCUUUAAACAGCAUAUCUUAUUUCCCUGGAUUUUACUUUCGUCUGAAGAUUGGCUAAAUGCAGAACCUGAUGGAUGGCAAAAGCUACUGCAACCUCAUCUGUGCUGAGGCUCAGCACAUCCAGUUGGCAAGGCCUUUCUGUGCAGACCCACUGGUCACGUUUCAUGUGUACCCAGAAGCACCAAACCAGGUCCCUUUGGCCGAAGAUUUGUCAUUCCUUCCUUUCAUGUCGGAGCAUCUCAUCACGGAGACCUUCUACAGCGAGCCCUGCCCCUUUCCCUACCAAAUGCCCCAUUCCAGUCUCCACAAAAGUGAGUACUCCUAUGGGUCAGCUUUCAUCAGGAAGAGGAAUGAGAGGGAAAGGCAGCGUGUUAAGUGUGUCAAUGAAGGCUAUGCCAAGCUGAGGCACCACCUGCCCAAGGAGUACCUGGAGAAACGGCUCAGCAAAGUGGAGACCCUCCGUGCUGCUAUCAAAUACAUCAGGUAUCUACAGUCUGUGCUGUGCACCGACUCUGCGGUGGCAGGAAAAGGUGUCAUGGAGCCAAAUCAAGCACCCAAAGCCACUAACAAACAAACCCAGUUUUUGAAGGCGAUCUGAAGUGUUCCAAAGGUAGCCUGUCUGGGAAUGUAGUAGCCACCACGUUGAUGACGUGUGUGUUCCUGGCGCUUCUUGGGAGCAGAUCGUGGCACACGUCACUAUCAGCCCACACAAGAGCUUCAACGUUGCAGAUAGUUACUACACUUAGAUAUGAGAGGGACAACUGGGAAAAUCUCAGCUGAAUGACUUCAGUUAAUUCAUGAAAAUCAGAACAUGUUUCUAAAUUUGUCACCAAGCUAAAAAUGUGCCACCUAUAUGUGUGAAGUAACUGUAUGUAUCAUCACAACCUGCAUGCUUUAAAAUAAAAUCUCUCUACUUAUGGGA